GCGGCCGCUGAAGGAAGAGGAAAAUGGCAUAAACAACCCGCGGCCGCCCAGCAGCCGCCGCCGCCCCCGGCCGCGCUGAGAGGAGCGGAGCCACCGGAGGCUCCCCCCGCCCCCUCACCUUCCUCCUCCCCCCUUUUCCUCCUCCUUCUCCUCCUCCGAGCCGCAGCCCGGGGUGCCGGCGGUUCCCCGCGCCCCUUUUUUUCUCCCCGCCCCUCUCCCCUCUCCUCUCCCUCCCUCCCUCCCUCCUUCCCCAUGGUGCCGACCCCGGCGGCGGGGCGGGUGCCAUGAACAGCAGCGGCCUGCCCUGCUCCUCGCCCUCGCCGGUGGUGGGGCCGGUGGCGGCGGGGACCGGUGGUGGCGGUGUGAACAGUAGCACCAGCGGGGCCGUGAAGCUCAAGUUCUGCCGCUACUACGCCAAGGACAAGACCUGCUUCUACGGCGAGGAGUGCCAGUUCCUGCAUGAGGAGCCCGGCGCCGCUGCCGCCGCUGCUGCUCCUCCCCUCAGCGGGCUCCCCCUCGGCAUCCCCCCGGCGGCCAGCGCCGGGCCCGGGUACUCGCCUCACGGGGCCAGCCCGGGCCCGGCGGCGGCGGCGGUGGCGGUGGUGGGGCCUAAGAAAGCCGAGCUGGGGGCGGGAGGCGGCGGAGGAGGAGGAGGAGGAGGUGGAGGAAGCAGCAACGGUGGAGGAGGAGGAGGAGGAGGAGGCGGCGGGGGGCUGGACGGCCCGCGGCUGGCGAGUAUCACUGUAGGAGUGGGCCUGCAGGAAGGAUUUGAAUGCACAGAAAAUAGUGACCUUGGGGACCAGCUCAGAAAGAGUUCCCUGUGUAAGGAACCACCUAGAAGCAAAUUUAGACUGCUGCGGGAAAAAUGGACGAAUGUUCCCGGAAUAGAUGGCGGUGGGUUAGCUGAUGCUAGUCUCACAGAUUCCUACUUUAGCACCAGCUUCAUUGGCGUUAAUGGAUUUGGAAGUCCUGCUGAAACCAAGUAUCCCAUGAUGCAGAGAAUGACAAAUAGCAGCAGCUCCCCUAGCCUUCUCAAUGACAGUGCCAAGCAGUACGCAGGCCAUGAUCCACUAACUUCACCAAAUUCAUCCUUGUUUAAUGACUUUGCUGCCCUCACCGUGUCUCAAAGGAGAAAGCUGGCAAAACCAGCAUUUCCUUCGUUUAUCACUGACUUGGAGGACAGAUAUAAUACAGUCUUGCCCAGGAAGUAUCGACUGGGGAUGCUGGAUGAGAGGAUAGUUCCGGUGGGAUCAAAAGCAAGAAAAUCAAAGAAUCCUAUCGGCUGUCUGGCUGACAGGUGUAAAACAGGAGAACCCAUCAAUAUGGUUUGGUGGAACAGAGUCACAGAAAACAAUUUACAGACACCAAACCCUACUGCAAGUGAGUUUAUUCCUAAAGGAGGAUCAACCUCCAGGCUGAGUAAUGUAUCCCAGUCAAGUAUGUCUGCCUUCUCUCAAGCCUUGUUCUCUCACCCCUCCAUGGGAAGUCCUGCUACCGCUGGGCUAGCACCAGGAAUGUCGCUGUCAGCAGGAUCUUCUCCUCUUCAUUCCCCCAAAAUAACUCCUCACACAUCUCCUGCUCCUCGACGAAGAAGUCAUACUCCUAACCCAGCAAACUAUAUGGUGCCUACUAGUGCCUCUGCUUCUGUUGCUAAUGCUGUCUCCCAGCCUCCAUCUACUGGCCAGGUGAUCCAGAAGGAAACAGUGGGUGGAACGACAUACUUCUAUACUGAUACAACUCCAGCACCUCUCACGGGAAUGGUAUUUCCAAAUUAUCACAUUUACCAUCCAGCUGCACCUCAUGUUGCUUACAUGCAGCCAAAAGCAAAUGCACCUUCCUUCUUCAUGGCGGAUGAGCUCAGACAGGAACUGAUCAACAGACACUUAAUAACUAUGGCCCAGAUUGAUCAGGCUGAUAUUCCUGCAGUUCCAGCGGAAGUGGACAGCUACCACAGUCUCUUUCCUUUAGAACCACUGCCACCACCCAAUCGGAUACAGAAAACAAGCAACUUUGGGUACAUUACGUCAUGCUAUAAAGCUGUAAAUAGUAAAGAUGAUCUGCCAUAUUGCCUUCGGAGGAUACAUGGUUUUCGUCUUGUUAACACAAAAUGCAUGGUAUUGGUUGACAUGUGGAAAAAAAUUCAGCACUCAAAUAUAGUAACCUUGCGUGAAGUGUUUACCACUAAAGCAUUUGGAGAACAUUCUCUUGUGUUUGCAUAUGAUUUUCAUGCUGGAGGAGAGACUAUGAUGAGCAGACACUUCAAUGACCCUAGUGCUGAUGCCUAUUUCACGAAAAGAAAAUGGGGUCAGCAUGAUGGACCUCUACCACGGCAGCAUGCGGGAUUGCUUCCAGAAUCGUUGAUAUGGGCAUAUAUUGUGCAGCUCAGCUCUGCCUUACGGACCAUUCAUACAGCAGGACUAGCAUGCCGAGUUAUGGAUCCAACAAAGAUUCUUGUAACUGGCAAAACAAGGUUACGAGUUAAUUGUGUUGGAAUCUUUGAUGUUUUAACAUUUGACAACAGUCAAAAUAAUCCACUGGCAUUAAUGGCUCAGUUUCAGGCUCCUAGUUUUUCCGUGCUCUCCUGGCGUUCUCUGAAGUGUGGACUCUGCAUAAUUCGUGAAUUAAGAAGAAUCCCUUUAGACUUAACAAAAACUGUUCCACAGUCAUCUGGAGCAUCACUGUGUACAGGAGUGCCUCUUUCCCUAACUUCCCCUCAGGGUAAAGUACAUUGCUUCAGCAGUCAUCACGUACCCUGUCCAUACUGGGAGAGAAAGACUACAGUAGGGAGUUGGAUUUAAUUUAUUUUCAUUAAUUGAGCUUAUUCACUGUGAGAAAAUUGCUCAUUCAGAGUCUUCCAGUAAUAAAUGAGAUGUUUGAACUUUGGCCAGGCAGAAACUAGCUUAUUGGAGACCUUGUCCUAGAACAUAUCAACUUUUUUAAAUAAUACACUAAAGCAAUUUUUAGUGUACUUCUGGUAGGACAUCAAAGGAUCCUUCCUGUGCCCACCAGAUACACGUCAAUGGGCUUGUGGUAAUAAUUUAAUAGAAACCAACUGAGAGGAUACAGGGAUGCAAGUAAGUGAGGGAUUCCAUUUCUAAAACUGUGGCGAGAUUAUGAUCUAAAUAAUUCCUUAAAUUUACUUUAAUAGCAACAAGAGAAGAGAUCCUUCUGAGAUAUUAUGGCAUUCAAGUAAUUAUAAAGCAAAAUAUUUAACGUACUUGGAGGUACAAAUCUGAAAAUACUUGCAGGUAUGCCAAUCUGUCAGAAGCAUUUAGCACCACAGCAGCCCAACAUUUGCCAACUAACUUUCUUAACACCUAGUUUUGCUUAGAUACACGUUUUGUUUGCAUGCUUUAUUCAUUCUUAUUAUCCAGAUUGUUAAAGAAUCACCACUAAACCAGUAGAGAAGUACUCUUCUGUGUGGAAGACGUACGCUGGAGUUAGAAAACAUUGCAUUACCUCCUUUUUGUUGCUUCCUCUAGAAAGGCUAGAUUCUCAUAAUCCAUUUUGUUCCUUCAGAGAUUCUGGACUGAGUUAAUUCCUUGAAAUUCAGAAGUCGUUUAUCACACUCUACCUUUGUUUGCCCUAGCCAGAUAACACUACAAAAUAACAGCUGCAGCUUGUCCUUUUUCCUCUCGAUCCAUGACCCAGUUCCUGAAUUCCUCAGGGACUGUAAAAAAUGUAGGUUAUCUGUUGGUUUACUGCCCAGCUGAUAUGCAUUUCCUUGUUGCUGUCUUCAGUGGAGGAAGGUAUUUUUGUUAGCAUUUGUCACUUUAUGGCCAUUUCCCAUUGUUAAUAUAGAUAGGAAAGAGUUUGGCCACAACAGAGAGGGGCUAUGCAAAAGGAUUGCAAUUGUUCUUCACAGUCUGUUUUUCAGAGCCUGUGUUAGCUUACAUGAUCAUUUAAGAUUUAAAGGAAACUAAAAAUACAUAAAUGAAAUAUGAAUGGUCACUUAUAUUAAAAACAAGAUGCUUAGACCUGUAGAAAUUCCUUCCCCAUCCUGCCUCCCUCCCCUGAAUCUUUAAGUCAUGUGUCAGUUACUAAAUUCAGGUGGUAAAACUGUAAAUGGUGAUACAGGAAACAAUAGAAGGUUUAAUAAAUACUGCUGUAUUGGAAUAAAAAUGAAACUGAGUUCUCUCUGUAUGAAAUGAAGAGAAAACAGGUUCUAUUGAUUUAACAAGGGCUGUAAGGUUACAUUUGCUCAAAGUAAAUAUUUUAAUGUAGUAAACCAAAAUAAUUUUCACAUACACCUCCCCAGAUUUAAAUAAACUAGCAGAAGAGGCAUCUAAAGUCUUGAUGUUGACUUCAAAAUUAAUAAAUAAUCUAGGAACUUGGAGGGACUUAAGUACAAUUCCAGUACUUAAAAGGACAGGCAAAUCUACAGAAUUAGUGAUUGAGCUGAUACUGAUCCAAGCACAGCACUCGAAUAGGAUAAACGAAGUGUCAGUUUCAAAGAACUUAUGGAAGAUGGAUCUUGUCAAAAAAUGUGAUUUAUUUGACUAGCUUACAUGUCUAGCUGAUGCAGCCAACUGUAUAAAAUGCUCAUAUAUCUUGAGGGCUUUUGGCACAGGAGCGUAUAUCUUUUUAACAUUAAAAUGCAGAAAGAAUACCUAUUCAAUUAAUUUUUAAAUUGCUCACUGACAUAUUUAAAAUUCAUUUGAUAACAGAGAAACCAUUAAUGAAGAAGGCUGUUUCUGAGGGUAUCUCCUUGAGGCUAUUUUUUAGUCUAAUGCUACUUUAUAUUUCCAUCAAUGACCCUAGAUGAUGGUGAUACAAUCUUUACCUGCAAAGUUUUUCAGGAGAUAAAAAAAGAAAGGUUGUUACAGGUUACAGUUAUUACUAAUUGAAUUGCUACUUAAAUGAUCAUUAGUUGCAUGCAAGAUACGUUUUUGAACAAAAGGCAACCUGUACUUAAAAAAUGUAGUAGUUUUCUUUGAAGUUGUGAAUUGACUUAGUAUGAUUUUAAUAGUCACUGUUGAUAGUUACCAUAGCAAAAGUCUUCUGGCAAGCUAAUGGCUCGUGACCCUUAAAUAUGUGAAAAGCAUGACAUGGAGCAUAAGCAGAGAAAUGAUCGUAUCUGAUGUGUACCUUGAACUGGUAAAGCUACUGCAGGAGUACUCCUUACUUCUAGUGUCCCUGCUUCAAAAAAAGUCUAGCAGUUUGUUUGCAUCCUUUAAACUUCCUCUGCCUUGAAGCAGCAAGAUCUGAAUGAGGUUUUUUUUUUUUUUUUUUUCAGAGAGGAGGGUAAGACUUAAUAGGAAUAUAUGGCUUUCUUUUCCCUGCAGAAAGAUGGUGUGCUUCAGCUUUUGGGAUGUUUUUACCUUGUCUACAUGGAUAGAGUUUGUCAGUGGAUGGCAGUUUGAUCCCUUCUGAAAUAGGAAUCUGAAAUCCAUAAAUCCAGAUGUCCAUUCCAUUAUCUAAUUAGACACGAGAAAAAUAAUAAUCUGUGUACUUCUGUGCUCUUGUAAGAAUUCGUACACUGGACAUUGUAAUAACACUUUAUUUCAGGGUUUUAGGUGUCAGUGAAUAGCGAGGCAGCUUCAGGGAGUGAUUCAGCUUGCUUAAAAUCUGAAUUGUCCUGUGGAAUACACAGAUCUUCGAUUGAUCAGACUCUUAACUGAGUAACUUCAAGUUUAAAUUCCUAAAAUUAACGGGAUGAAUCCAAACCAUUUUUCGACCAAAACACAAGUUAAGCAUUGGCUGUAACUGGAACUGUGUGCUUGAGGCUUCAUUGGUGUGUUGUAUUAUCUCUGCCCAUUUUUCUGUUAGGUGUACUUAGCAAAAUAAAGAAAACUCUUUGAAAAUAAAAAGUCUGAAUUUAGAAUUUCCUAGCUGAAGCUAACAUAGACCUUUCUCAACCAUUUUUAAAAUCUAAUGCAAUCUGUAUUAUGAAAGCAACUAUGUAAAGAGACUAUUUCUCCAAUAGGGUCUUUCCUUAAGUUUUCUGUUUUGGGUAUAUUUGUCAGGGUUGGGUGAAAAGAAUUUACAUAAGACACCUCCUUAACAAUUAUUAGAAGUUGGAAGGUUCUAAGUAGGAGACUGCAGAAAGAAGAUAACAUUAACACAAAUACUUCCAUAUUUUUCUCAAGUCUUUUGGAAACAAACAAGCAAAAUAACAAAAAUACCAUUGUGCAGGGUAAAGAUGUCUCAGUGCAGAUACCUUAUCAGCAAGGUUCUUCUGUUUUGUACAACAGCAGUGUCAUCUGCUGCUCAAACUGUCUGUGCUUAGUAGUGGCAGCAAGUAGGUUCCCACCUUGUUGGUCCUUUUCAUUUCUCUUUGCCAAAGUACAAAGCAAUAUUGAUGCUCAGGAAUUCCUGGUUCCUUAGGAAGUCAAGUCUAACAAAUGCCAAUCCCAUCUUUUCCACGCAUUGUCUUUAUUGCUGUCCUAUUUUCCAUGUCCUGUUUCUGUCUUCAUUAAUGACUGCCCUGUUCCAUGCUUUUAAACUUAUGUCACAUUGCUUAUCCGUGUUUAAGUUGUGCUGCUUAAUCAUACGUUAGCAGUUGAUACAGAAACAGCAGGAACGUUCAGAGACCUGGAAACAUGUUCUUUACUUGGUGCCUCAACAUCUGGAAGACGUGGCCGAAGGGAAAGAAGGCUCUGUUCAGCUGCUGCAGCCAAAGGAAGCAGCAAACACAGCUACCUACCCCUCUGGGUGGAACAGCUGUGAGGGGCUGUGGCAAAUCCACCAUCUCGGGAGUUUCCUAAAGUUUUAGCUACCAAAUUCUAAACAGAACUUUCAAUGUUGCUGUACUGCCAAAUUGCUGACCUUCCUAACAGAAAUGACAGCAGGUAUACUCCCUGUGUGACAAUGUUCUUUGCAAAACAUUUUUCCUCCAGAAUAUGGAGUUGACAUUCACAACAAAUAGUAGCAUUCACCUCUUAGCUUUUGCAAAAAUAUCUUUUCUAAGAGGAAAGUCAGGAAAUCUGACUCUUAAAUUCAGUCUGAAGCAGGCAUCCAAUAUGGAAAGCUGCAAAUGUUUCAAGUUUGGCCAAGUUACGUGCACCUGAAAGAGUUUCUAUAGGGAGAAUCAGGCAGCUUUUGCUACGAAGAGUACUGUCUGCUACUAAAUUAGGCUUCUGCUUUCAGAGGUGACUUCAAGUCUGGUGUAGCUUUUUGCAGUAACUUCUUGUGGCUGUCCUUCUACCUGUAAAAUCAAAAUGGGCUAAAUUUUCUGUUGUGACAAAGUCUAUGCAGCUGCUUUCUCUUUUUUUUGAGAAGCUUUACUCUAAGGAAAGGGGUUUGUAAUGCUAAGGAUUUCUUCACAAAAUGGGAUGCCGCUCCAGUUGUUAGCCUUACAGGUCUGUUCCUGUCUAGUUACUUCAGGCAGUUCCUAUCUUUUCACACGGGCCAUUAGAGAUGAAAAUCUACGAUCUGUUUGUUAAAACAAAAACAUGAGCUGCUAGGUUCCAGUAGGACAUGUUUCUGUUUUAAUGAAUAAGCCUUGAUACGUAUUUCUGUGUCUUGUGCUGAGAAGGCUUGUGCAAUUUACUACCAAAUGCUUGAUUCCUCAGCAGGCAGUGCAUGAGUGGUUAGGAAAAUCUCUUUGUGUAGAGCUUCUGCUCACUACAGAAGAUUUUGCUCUGGUACUAUCAUUAAGCUAAAAUAAGUGGAUUUUAAGCAUUCAAGGGUAAAUAUACUAUCUUGAAGCUCUUAGGUAUCAAACAGGAGAUCAGGACAAAUUCUCCUCUGUAUGUUUUAACCACUUGGACAGCUGUAUUGAACUAUAGCACUUCAGUUGCUCAAGUCCUUCAAAGGUUACUGAAGAAUGAUCUCUUUAAAUGCCAUCUAGUUCUGUAGGUAAUAUUUAUCUAUACUAUGAAUCUUAUCUGUGCAUGU